AUGAGACGGCAUAACGGCGUUGUUGAGAAAACACAUCCAAACAGGAAAGCGAAAGCGGAGGAAUACAUGAGUUCCAUGGCGGUUUUAUGCUAUGUCCACGCAAAAACACCUGCUAGAAUAUUCUGUGGUAUGAGAGAAGAGCUUGCGGCUCACCAUCUCGACAACAUCUCGGCCGAACAACGGCCGACGCUCUCAGCUGCACGAAUGAACGACAAUGAAUCACAUUGCACCAGUGGAAUCAAGGCAUCGGUUCAGUUGAUGGACGAGUUCCUCGUCCACGCCCAUCGACGAAAAGAUCGCCAUUUCCCCGCCGAUGACAUCAUUUGA